GUUUUAGGCAACAGAACUAAUUGCAAAUGGCACAAUUUUCCUCUUAUUCAAUUGACCGACUCCUUGGACAUUCCGGACAUAAAGGAAGUUUUAUUCUCCGCCACGAAGACGAAGGACAGCCCAGAGUUUUUGCAUUCUCAGGAUCCAAAUCUACUCAGCAUCAUCUCGAGAGGAAAUUUUCUCAACAAGAGUCUGUACUCUCGAAACAGGAUCCCCCAUGUUACAUUCCCCACGAUAUUCAUACUUUACCAUCAAGAGAGCAGAAACAAAAUGGCGACCGACCCUCCGUGCCUAUAAGUGCGGGGGAAGAUAAUCAACAAAAGUUACCAGCUGCUAAAAACAGUUUCAAUUACCAAGAUCACUUUCUGUAUUUACUGCGGCAACAAUAUGACCAAGCCGGGAUACACACUACAACACCAAUCAUCGUAAACGACGAACAUCGCGCUGCUCCUGGCUUAGAAAGGGAAUCUACAUUAAAUGUAAGAAGCAAACGUGAAGAUUGUGUUUCUGACCGACGAAGAUCACAAAGUUUUACUCCACCGCCAUUAUCCAGUCCCGAACAAGGAUCAUCUCCGACAAGCUCCAACGAACAUCCAUGCUCUUCCAAUGAGGUAUCGGAAUUGACGUCCUCAGUUCAAACUUCCUCACCUGAUGACCAAGAUCGAAACUCAUCAAAAAGAAAACAACGAAGAUACAGAACAACAUUCAGUGCAUUCCAACUUGAAGAAUUGGAACGUGCCUUCCAGAAAACUCACUACCCUGAUGUCUUUACGAGAGAGGAAUUAGCGAUGCGAGUUGAUUUAACUGAGGCGAGAGUUCAGGUUUGGUUCCAGAACCGCCGUGCAAAGUGGAGAAAACGUGAGAAACAAGGAAUAUUUAACAACCUUGGUUCAAUACCUGGUUUGUCAAAUGUGACGUCAUUUCCGCCAAUUCCUAUGUUCAUGGACCCAUUAUUACGUCACAUUUACUUGAGUUCUAGUUCGAAACCUGACGAACGCCAAACAAUAACUCAGUCGUCGCUCCAAUGGCGUCAUCUGGCGCUCGCGGCUGCUGUACAACGAAUGAAUUGUCCGACCCCGACAGUUCCGAUAAAUUUUCCCGGGAUUGGAAGCGUUCGCUCCCCGUUAAAUUUUCUCGCUAAUCCCGUUCUUUCUUCUAAUCUUUCAAGCCAACGACCCGCCCACAUUUACCCUCAUCCAUAUUCAAGCCAACGAGUUCCCAUCACAGCGGAGAGCAAAGAUACAUCUACAGAAACAAAUGGCAUCACCCCAAACCGACCACACCGGUUCGCCACCUCUUCAAACGAUAGCAUUUAGAAAAAAACUGCUGGCUAAUUUUAUACGCAUAGUUUAUUACAUUGACACUGCCUUUGACCUGGCUUAAUUUGUAAUCCUUUUUAGAAAGGCAAAUUUGUAUCAAUCCUUCUUAUUUUCUACCUCUUGCUUCGAUAGCACUGCCUUCUGAUAGACAAACUCUACCAGUGAUGCAAACUAGCAUAGACCAACUUUAACCUGCACCUUAUUUGGUGUAACAUGUUCAUAACACUUGUGCAUGUAGUUUUUCAUAUUGACGUCACAGUUACUUUCUCUGUGUUCACCGUGGUAUAUUGUUCCCACUUCGCACCGCCAUUCUUCAGUAUAAAUAUAUCAUUCCACUGUA